CGGGCCUUUUCCUCAAUUUCAAAUUCCCUUUUCUUUUUCUCGGGAAAUGCCAAAACCCUAGGUCCCGCCCCUUUCUCUUCAUUUCCCUCCGUCUCUCUGAUAUGGGUUUCUCUUUCUCUCCUUUUUCGCACCUGGUGAUGUGAUUGCUCAUCUUCAGGUUCAAUGAAGGCCAUGUAUGAGGAGUGUUCUUUUUAUAUUUAAUAAAUUAGAAAUAGAAUUGGACUCUCUAAAGUUAUAGGAAACUGGUAGGAGGGAUUGUUUGAGGGAAUUUUUUUUUGAGAGAAAAACCACUCACAUACAAUGUCUCCUAGAGAUAAGCAAUCGAGAACUCAUAAACAGAAGAGGCGGACAAGGAGUUCGAAAAACAAGUAUCUUAAACCAGGUGCCCUUGCUCAGCUUCGCUAUAGUAAGGUGUCAGCUGCUAAGUCUUGUACGGACCUUGGGAAAAAAAGGAUAGCUGUAAUGGAUGCAGAUGAGCCGAGAGUUGAUGCCCAGCUGCAGAAUAAAAUUAGUGUUCAAAGCCCGGCAGCAUUAACUCCUGUGGGGCUUAGAGUUGACUCUGUUUGUUCACCAUUUGAUAUGUCAAAGGUACAUAAUUUGCAAAAGACUCCAAAGACACCUUGUGCUGAAGUGUGUGAGUCAGAGUCUCGACUUGAAUCACUCCCAAUGGAUUUGCUGGUUAAAAUACUCUGUCACCUUCACCAUGACCAACUCAGGCCUGUCUUCCAUGUUUCACAGAAAAUCAGAAAGGCAGUGAUUCAAGCUCGACAAUUUCAUUUUAAUUAUACUACUCCAGAUCGAACUCGACAGGAGAUGUUGAGGAUCAUGACGCCUCUCCCAACAGAUCACUGGCCUUUUGUAAGCAAGGGGGGAGGGAAAGGUUUGGUUCACAGCCCACACACCCCGAAAGCACCCAGACAUGGUCCCCGACCUCCUUCGCGUUUCAAGAACUCUGAAAUGAGGCAAGUUGCAGCUGUCCUCUUUCAAGAAUCUGCAUUUCCUUCCAGGUGCUUAGUGCCGUCUGUUCUGUCAAAGCAGCCUAUAUGCAAGCCUUUGGGUUCCAACAGAGUUCUGUUUUAUGAAGAUGAGCUGUGCCAGGCUGUUGCGCAGAACAAACUUUUAUGAUCACCGACUACCCGUCUCCCAUAGCUCCUUCGGGUGUGUUUAUGUGUGUAUAAAUAUAUGAUAGCAUUAGUGGUUGUGGUGCAUUUUUUCCAUUUUACAGGAGCACUUAUUGGAGUUAUUGUCAUUCAGAGAUUGUCUUAGAAGGUAGAGAUGAAGUUUGUGAACUGAAUAAUACAUUUAGUACGCCAGCAGUUGGUCUUGUGCAUAGGUUUUCUGUAUAAUGGAUUGGUUUUUAAAUUUUAUUUGAAUACUGAUGUGGCGAAACAUCUAAUUCGCCUGCUUUGGUGUUUUAUUAUCUAAUUUAGAUUUAUACAGA